AUGGGUGUUACAUUAGUAGUAUCAGAGCAGAGUAUGGCUAGAAUAAAUGAUGCUGCAAUUGUCGCUGCUUUGGAGGUUGUUGCUCAGGCCAUGCAGAAUCAGCUUACUACUAGAGGAGUUUUGAGAAAGUAUUUCCUUGAGGAUGUUCGGGGCAAGAAAGAGAUGAAAUUCCUUGAGCUGGAACAAGGGAAUUCAUUUGUUACUGAGUAUGCUGUCAAGUUUGUAGAGCUUGUGAAGUUUUAUCCAUACUAUAGCACCGAGACGACUGAGUUUUCCAAGUGUAUCAAGUUUGAGAAUGGGAUGCGUCCGGAGAUCAAACAAGCAAUUGGAUAUCAACAUAUCUGUAGGUUUCCUAAGUUGGUGAACAACUGUAGGAUCUAUGAGGAGGACAGCAAGGCUCAUUCAGCAUAUUAUAAGAGUCACAAUGAGAAGAAGGGGAGGAACCAAGACCAUGGUGUUACUCAUUCAUUUAUUUCACUUGAUUGUGCUACUAUGUUGGGAUUGAAUAUGUCUCCUAUGGAUGAUAGUAUGGUAAUAGACACUCCUUCUAGUGGUUCUGUUACUACUACUUUUGUUUGUAAGGGGUGUCCUUUGACUAUCUUUGAUAAGAGUUUUAUGAUGGAUUUGGUGUGUCUACCUUUGCACCAAAUCAAUGUGAUUCUUGGUAUGAACUGGUUGGAGUUCAACUAUGUUCAUAUUAAUUGUUAUAAUAAGACGUUGAGGUAUCCCGAGUUUGGUGAUAAUGGGGAACUGAUGUUGUUGACUACUAAGCAAGUAAGUGAAUGCCUUAGAGAUGAAGUCGUGAUGUUUGCAUCGUUGCAAAGUGACCGUGAAGCUACAGAUGAUAUAAGUGAUUUGCCUCAAGAACAUGAAGUAGAGUUCUCUAUAGAAUUUGUGCUAGGUACGAGUCCAGUAUCGAUGGCUCCCUAUAGGAUGUUGGCUUCCAAGCUGAAUGAAUUGAAGAAGCAAUUGGACGAGAUGCUCGAGAAGAAGUUUGUUCGACCGAGUAUUCAAGUUAAACCAGAUGAUAUUCCAAAGACGGAUUUUCGAAUAAGGUAUGGUCAUUAUGAAUAUACUGUAACGUUGUUUGGUGUGUCAAAUGCUCUAGGUGUUUUUAUGGAAUACAUGAAUAGGACAUUCCAUUCAUAUUUGGAUAAGUUUGUGGCGGUGUUCAUUGAUGAUAUAUUGAUUUAUUCCAAAUCGAAAGAGGAUCAUGCUGAACAUUUGCGCGUGGUAUUGCAAGUAUUGAAAGAGAAGAAGUUGUAUGCGAAACUAUCGAAGUGCGAGUUUUGGUUGAAGGAAGUGAGUUUUCUUGGCCAUGUGAUUUCUAGUGGUGAAAUUGCUGUGGAUCCUUCUAAUGUUGAUGUUGUGUUGCAAUGGAAGACUCUAAAAUUUGUGACUGAGAUUCGAAGUUUUCUUGGUUUAGCUAGUUACUACCGAAGAUUCAUUGAGGGAUUUUCUAAGUUAGUAUUACUGUUAACUCAGUUGACUCGAAAAGGUCAAGCUUAUGUAUGGGAUGUUAUGUGUGAAGAAAGUUUUGUUAAAUUGAAGAAGAAGUUAACGACCGCUUUGGCAUUAAUUUUUCCUAAUCCAAGUGAGUCUUUUGUGGUGUAUUGUGAUGCAUCGAAGAUGGGUCAUGGUGGUGUAUUGAUUUAG